UUCUACCGAGGGAUGGCAGCAGGAUUUAAACAAUAAUAAUAAAUAUAACCUUAAAUUCAUCGAUGAUCUGUAAUAAGUCGCAAUAAUGAAGAUAUAAGGUCUUCAUAGUAUAGUGGAAAAAGAAUAUCCAAACUCUGCUAAAAUGGAAAUAAUCUCUGAAGAGACGAAUCUGUCGAUUGCCGAAGACAAUAAUCGGGAUAAGAUUCGAGCAGAGCUUUCGACGAUGACUUUUGAAGAUUUACAAAAACUCAAGGAAAGAUUGGGCUCCAAAGUUUACAAUGAGGCACUAUUUGGAUCUCGUCAAAAGAAGCAGACAGACUUUAAGAGGGUCAAUAAAAACAGGCCCCGAGAAAUGUCCUCAAAAUUCCAGGUUCCGAGGCAUAAGGAAGUCAUUCCUGUGAAGAAGAACAUAGUCAGAGAUCCAAGGUAUGAUAGCCUGUGUGGUAAUUACAAUGAGAAGGCAUUUAAGAACUCGUACAAAUUUCUUAAUGAAAUCAUGGAUAAUGACAUCAAGAAACUGAAAGAUGAAUUAAAAAUAACUGAGGAUCCAAAGACUAUGAAAAAGGUGAAAUAUCUCAUUCAGAGGUUAGAGAAUCGGCAGAGAGAGCAGAAAAUGAGGGAAACUAAGGAACAGAGAGAAACUGAGGAAAAGCAGGAAAAAAUUGAGGCUCUUAAACGUGGGGAGAAGCCAGUAUUCAAGAAGAAGUCUGAAAAACGGGUUCUCAAUUUGGUGUCACAGUAUGAAGAAUUGAAGAAAUCUGGAAAACUGAAGAAGCACAUCGAGCGUUUGCGUAAGAAAAAAGCUAGUAAAGAUAGGAAAAAGCUUGCGACUUAAGGCCCUGGUAAGAGUUAAUUCAAAUUUGCCUUUUGAAAACAACUAUAUGUGAGGGAGGAAUAAAAUUCUGUAAAUAUCCAUAAUUACAUCUUGGUUAACAAACAAUACUUCAUUACAAAACGAAGACUUUUUUUACAUUAACGUGAUCUUAAUCAGAAUAUCAUCGAUACUAAAAAUAUUUUUCGCAAUUACGAAAAAUGCGCUUUGGAAAAUUCAUUCUACGAUUUGUGGUGCCAGACUACCAUAUAUAUUUUUCUGUAAAAGUGAGUACAUCUAUAUCAAGCCAUCAAUCAUCUAGCAAAAAUUUGAUAACAUAUUCUUAAGCUGCGUAUAAGAUCAAUUCUAGAAUUCCAUAACCGUGUAUAAGUAUACAAAUGUACAUACACGAGCGAAUAAUUAAUAAUGUUCAGCAAUCA